AUGCAAGUGGAAUCUCCAUUUAUUGUCGAUUUGGAUAUCCGAGGAUCAAUUCGAAACUUCGCUGAUUAUAUUUUUGACAGAAUCUCGGUAUACGAUGGAGAUACCGUAGCGCUGGUAAGCAAAAAUAAAUAAGUUUAUUAUUGGGACCAUUUCCGAGAUUUUUGGGUAGAAAAAAACCUCGCGCAAGAGUCUGGUCGAAAAGAAACUGCAGUGAACUAGCCGGUUGUUUGUUUUUCAACUUACUUUUAGUUGGGUUUGAAUAAAACAAGAAAGAAAUAAGAUGAGAAAAGAAAACUAGAAUAAACGUGUGUCCAGAGAUUGAACUCUUGAUUUUACAAAUAUAUUUACAACAAAAGCAAUGUCAAUUUGACAAGCUCUCCAAAAUUAUCAAUCUUGGAUAAAUCAUCAAUUUUAAGUUGUAUGUACAUUAUUAUAAUGCGUUUAUAAAUACAAAGCGCAAGCUAGAAAUAAGCCAAUCAUCUUAUGUUAUUAGAUAGGCGUAAUCUCAGCUAGCACCAAGUUUAAUUGAGAUCAAGACAACAAAACGCUUCUUAUGAAACAAACUUUAUGACUUUUCAGCGAGACGCCGAAACCCUCGAAGAAACCAAGUUCAACGAAUUCAAUUCCAUCACCAACCUCUGCACUCAACGCCUCAAGGAGUUGGGCAUUCAGAACAACACGAGAGUGGCCCUUAUCGCCUCCAAUUGUAGUGCCUGCUGCUUUGUUCAUCUGGCAUCCGCUCAGCUGGGAUGCCGGUUGGUCUGCGUGAAUGGAAAUCUCUCAGUGGGUAAGGAUUUGAGUAGAGCAGCGGAAAUGGACUUGGUCAAACAAUGUUUUGGCCAUCAAAACGAUGAAUAUUAUGAAUUUGAGAGGGAUAAACAUUAUCCAUUUGGCUUUGUAAAUGCCGAGGAUUUGUUGAACAAAUAAACAAAUCAUGGAACUCAGAUAUUCAAACACUGGGGUCCAAGCACAAUUCCAUUUCUUUUUAUACAAAAAGGUUUAAAAUAUUUUUUGUUUUAGACGAAAUAUGGCAUCAAAUCGACCAAGCAGAAGUCACUCAUGCCAUCCUGGAGAGUCAAUUCACCGCCAAAAUGGAAGAUGUGAAAAGAAGAGCGAUCAUGAGAAACAGUGGAAGGGUUAAGAUCAUCAGAAAAAUGGAAGAAGUCCUGGGAGAGACUAGUCUAAGCAGGCUGACAAAAAGGGAAAGUAAAUCUAUGUAAGUGCUUUUUUACUUGAUUCUGAUGAUCCUGGGACAUGUCGAAAGUGGACUCACAGAUUUUUGUGAGACUUUGAAAAUAAAGGAAGGAAUAAUUUAGAAAAAUUUGCCUCCAAAGAUUUCGGAGUUAAUGUCUACUCAUUCAUAUAAAAAAAUAGUGGAUAGGAUAAUUUUUGUUAGAAAAAAUUCCAUGAAUUUUUUUAUUACAACCGCUUCAGAAUACCAGUCCAACUGCCCUCAUCCACUGCUGAUUCUGAAUCCAGCUUUGACACCGCUUCUAUGACCUCCCAAUCAACCUUUGUUGUCCAUUCGAACAAAAGUUCGUUGACUCCAUUGGACCCUGUCGACGUUGAUGACUCCAAUGGUUACUUUAUUUUCUACACUUCCGGGACGACCGGGCCUUCCAAGCCGAUCUACAUUUCUCAUCAGCAAAUAAUCCUCAACCUAAUGCAACUUGGACUAAGUGUUUACGGGCCUCCGGGGGUAACUGACAAGUUCUUGUUGCCCUUGAAUAUCCAUCAUCUUUUUGGAUUUUUGUCGUUGUAUCAAGCGCUUGUCAAUGGGGCUGAAUUGACAUUGGUAAACAAGUAUUCGUCCAAGGUUUUCUUGAGGGCUCUCAGUGAUUACAAGGUGAAUUUGGCUUUUUAAUGGUAUUUGAAUUUUUUGCCGACGUCUUAGGAAAUAAUUAUUUUUUAGAUAACGUACGCUCAUGUCACACCUCCUAUGAUCUUGUUCUUGGCAACUGAUCUCAGUUUAGAGAAUGUCAAUCUCCGGCAACAUCUGAGGACACUAAUUGUGGGCGGAGCUUCUUUAUAUUCGAAAGAAGCCAAGAAAUGCAAAGAAAGAUUGGCAAUCAGAGAUUUGAGGCAAAGUAAAGAUACCAGUUUAAAAAUCAUAACACCUUCAUUGGAGCCGUACAUAUAUUUCAAUUAUAACUGUUUCAGUUUACCUCAUUUCUGAAAUGGGAGCAAUCUGCACUUUUCCUCAUUUCUGCAGUGAAAACAUUGAAAGCGUUGGAUCUCCUCUACCCGGAUACGUGAUCAAGGUAUUAUGUUGCGAAAUACACUGACAAUAUGCUUGUAUUGUAGAUUAUGCAUUUCGACAACAAAAAUUUGUGUGCUCCAAGGCAAGUGGGUCAUAUUUGUAUCAAAAAGCCAGGCUGGACUUCCACUGGGUUUUACAAUCAGAAGAAUAAACAUAAUGGGGAUACUCAUGAUGGAUAUAUUCGGACAGGCAAGUCAUCAAAACUUAAGAUAAUUUUGUAACUGUAUUAAAUACGCUGCGUGGAGCAAUGAAUUUAAUUAAACUUUUAGGUGACGCCGGGUUCUUUGACGAAAAAGGAUGCAUUUACGUGGUCGAUAGGAUCAAAGAUAUCAUCAAAUUCCGCGGGCUUGUUGUAAGUGCAAUUAAUACUAAUCUAUAUACUUCUAUACUUAGCUUUGCCCCACUGAUGUUGAGUCUAAUAUUCGAGCUCAUCCGGGAAUAGAAGACUGUGCUGUCGUCUGCAAACAAAGUCAUACAGCUGGAGAGGUUCCGGCCGCUUUUAUCGUCAAAUCCUCCACCAAUUUAGUGUUGUCUACCGCCGAGGUUCGACAGCAUAUCUCCGGUAUGUCAUGUCAAAAAGUUACAGAAAACGUUACAUCAACUUUUCCAGGUAAAAUCCCCCAAUUCAAGGAACUUCGAGGCGGGGUUUUCUUUGUAACAGACAUUCCCAGAACAAUGAAUGGAGCCGUCCUUCGACGACAACUGAGGCAAACGUGGGAUCGCGAAAGACUGGCGUCAAGGGAGGCCAUGGCCCAAGAGCCUGCUGAAAAUGGGAGGAGAACAUCUGCUACGAUAAAAACUUGUGAGCGGUCACUUUAUCGAGAUAUAUAAUUUUAGCUUCAUUGCCGUCAACUCGCCGUCCAACUCUCGCUUCUGCUUCCUCAGGAUCCCUUCGGUCGUCUUCUCCAAAACCGAAGCCUGGGCCACGGUCGCCUUUGCAAAAGGCAUCGCCAAAAUUAACGCCAGCUAACCGCUCCAAAACUAUGAAGACCUAA